AUGGCCUUCAGCUCACUAGGUCGACAGACUUUUGAUGAUAUUACGGCAGGCGUUGACGCUGAGCAGUUGCAAUACAUGAAGGAAUGGAUUGUGCAGGUGGAUCAGCAGGAUAACGUUUUGGGGCCCAUCAGCAAGAAAGACGCACAUAUACACGACGGUGUGCUGCACCGUGCAUUCAGUAUUUUUGUUUUCAAUCCAAAAAAUGAGCUGCUCAUUCAGAAGCGUGCACGUAAGAAAAUCACAUUUCCAGGCUUUUGGGCCAACUCUUGUUGCAGUCAUCCGCUGUAUACUGAAAGUGAGUUGAAAGAUGGUAUUGGCGUCAAGCGUGCAGCUAUUCGAAAGCUAGAGCAUGAGCUCGGUAUUCCAACCUCUACAUUUACAGUUGACGAUAUUUCUUUCGUCUCAAAGGUCAUGUACAAGGCCUCAUCCGACGCUAAUUGGACGGAGUACGAGAUGGAUCAUAUUCUCUUCGCACGUGGCGUGGUGCCAUUGAACAAUUUAAACAAGAACGAGGUUGAGCAGGUCGAUUUUGUUACUCGUGAACACUUGCCGACACUUCUCGAUGAUCCUACGCGAAGUUUUUCGCCAUGGUUUCGCCUCAUCUGUUCGGAUCUGCUGCCGCACUGGUGGGAUAAUCUGGAUGCAGUGCUAGAAAACGAUAGCUUAAAUCGAUCGAUCCACGAUUUUUGUCCGACAUCAGCGAGUUUAUUCUGA